AGGCUACGGGAACGGGAGUUGGUUCGGCGGCAGAAACUCGGGCCGCAAGGCACACGGGAGGAGGAGUUCGUGCUCCAAAAGAUUCGCACUUGAGCUCUUCUGUAGUAUUUUUUUAUUUAUUAUAUACUAUUAUUAUUAUACUCCCUAGCUUUUCGACCUUUUGUUGUUGUUGUCUCGUUCUUCUCUCCUGCGUGCGAAGGCCACAACCUAGAAGCCGCGGCCGCAGCUCUCUCUCCGCGCGCCGCCUGUGGCCGCCGGCGGCAACCAAGAGAAACAGGAUAUUUAUGCCUUUUUCUUGACACGGAAAGCCAAUGGCGAGAGGACUGGAUUCAGAUUAUAUUGGUUCUAUUUCGCUCAUGGAUGGAUUUGAUAUGGGUAUCACGUUUGAUGGGUUUGGAGAAAAUAUGAAGAAGUUCAUGGAGUUACCGAUCAAAUAUCUUGAUUCUGCUCACGAUAAAGCUGUUGAGCUAGUUGAGGAUAUCCAUGCGCUGAUUUACGCUCACUCUCCUGAUGAUAAAUUUCCGGACAAAGACCAUGGGACAUUAACUGAUCCAUCUAGUAACGGUACCAUAACCGAGUCUCCCUCCACAUGUGUUAAAAUGCAGCAAGUUAACCCUAACGAAGAAUUCUCUGGUUAUCCUUCAUCUCUCGUUACCGCGGAAGACCAUUCUCUCGGCUCAACUGCUACUGAUGUUCAUGAAACAGAGUCGGUUUCAUCUACAAGUCCAGCCAUGUGUGCUUCUGAAGACCCCAUUUCACUUGAGAGAACUGCUGACACCAAGGAGGAAGUUACUUUUUGCAAUUCAGAGGAUCUCUCAGAUAACUGCACUCCUGAAAAUCACAAUUCACUAGGGGGUUCUGAUAGCAGUGACGAGGAAAUUAUAUUAUGGAAUCAAUGGAAUUCUGUAACAUCACGACAAUAUCCUGAACAAGCCACCGUAGUCCAAGAUUAUAUAUCUGAAGAAGCAAACGGAAAUAAAAUCAUCGAGCAAGUUGAACUCCAUGGUUCAGGACAUUCAGUUGCUUUUGAUGGAGCAAUUCUGCUUGGAAAGGUAAAUGGUGAAGAGCAAUCAGAAUUAUGCAGUGCGAACAGCCAUGAAGAAUCAACAAAGCACGGUUACAUAAAGAAUUUGUCUGUUGGGACUGUUUCACAUUACUUGAGUGCAGAGGUGUUCACUGGUGCUGAUGAUCCAAAUAUGUCUACUGACGAGACCACGGAUUUUGUUAAUGUAGACCUCCGGGUUGGCCAGGAGCUGAUGAAAUAUAACAAAGCAGAUGCAUCCUCAGUUCCUCAACCUAAAAACACAUCAUUCAAGAAAGUGUUGAUGAGGAGCUUGUCAAAUAAACUCCGGUGGUCAAAGAAGGAUAUGAAUGUGCAUCAGGCUGUCCCCUUUAGACCACAGAAAUCAGUAGAUAUUUGCUAUGAAGUCGUUUGUUCAUCAGAUGGUCUGGAGGAUGAUUGGGAACUCUUGUAAAUCUGCACGAAAUUCCGCGUCUCUGAUUAUAGGAGAAAAUCUCGUGUAAACCAAAGUUCCUUGACUACUAUCUCAAAGAAUGCAAAUGUUGAGGGUUUGCAUCUCUACGGCACCAUCUGUCGGUGUAUCGGCAUUACUGUAAAUCUGAGCUGAGAUUAUGUAAUUAUGUAAAGCUCUUCUAGUUUUCUCUUCAUGACCUGAAUUUUGUACUGAUCUGGUGCAGCCAAGGGUAUCUGCAACAAGUUUUCAGCUGCUUAUUCCCCCUAUCUACUAGCAUUUCAGUUUAAAUAUAUGCAGAUA